AUGGCCCCCGAAGUGACCUCCGGGCGGUUUCAAGGAGCUUUUCUUCAAGUGCUCGACAGCAUCGCCAUUCGAGAUGGCGAGUUGGUCGGAAGUAAAGAGCUGGCCAUGCUCCAGAAGGGAGACUUCUGCAAGGUCCUGAGAGUUGGAGCCGCGCAUGGCGCCGGCUUUCGGCUUCAAGUUCACGUCUUGAAGGGAGCAGCGGUGCAGGGAUGGAUCUCCAGCUCCACGAAGACGGGGCGACCUCUGGUGGAGAUCUGCAGCUUGUCCGAGCUUCGGGCGGCCGGCGUAAGCCCGGUCGUGAACACCGUGGAGGACACCACGCCCUCCCUGGAUCAGAUCCUGAAGAGCUUGGAUCGUGAUGAUACCCAGAGGGUGCAGAGGGCACAGGCACAGACACGAAGGCCAGUGAAGGAGAUGGAGGAGGACGUAGACCUAGAUCCGGAGGAGGUGUGGAGAUCCUUCACAAACCUCGCGCGUGCAUCAAGAAAGGAGGCCGAGAAGAGCGAGGCAACCCCAAAAGCAGCUGAGCCCUAUCCUGCCUUCAUGUACAUACAGGAGCCAUCCCCCGAGUAUCGAGAAGAGGUACAUGAGAGGCGUCUGCGACUCAUGGCUCAGGAGAAAGCCCGACGAUCGGCCCGAAAUCGUGGCUUCGCCCCGCCACCAGAGCCCGUCCUCCCAAACACUAGCACAAGAUCGAGACCCCAGCCAGCAACUGCCGAAAUGCCGGAGCCGGUCCCGGAAUACGUCGCUCCCGAGCAGACGGAGCGCUUUGCGGAAGCGACCUUUGCUGCCCGAGUGGCGCGCGUGGCUCGCGAGAACCCGAGCAUGAUCGGGCAGCGCCAGUCUCAGGCGCAAGAGGUUCCCAUUUACAGCCGACCUCUUGGGCACAACGAUGAUUUUACUGGCACCUGGAUGGAUGCCACUGGCAUUGACUUCGUGCUGGCGAGCAGAGUGGCUCCAUCGUCAUGGAGCGGACUCCGGGUGGGGAGUCCAGCUGUGGAAUGGCCGUGCGGAACGAAUUGA